AUGAUAGCUUUGUACCUCGCCUUCCCAGUUCUCCGGCCAUAUUGUCAUUCACAAUCAUACCGACACAUCACCGUCUACAUUCGCGAAGCCUGGAAACCCCUUCAGACGAUCUCCUUCGAGAUCGGAAUAUCCAAAUGUCAUCCUACCCGAGAACAAGACGGCUCCAUGUUCCUUUCGACACAUGAUGACAUUGGCUAUGCUGGCACGAAAAAAAAUCGCGACUUCCUGUCCCUGAUCAGCGAUCUAACGCACGAUCUCACAUCAAUCGAACUGGACAUCACAGUAAGAUGGGAAAAGCUUGACCAAUACCUGAAAGCCUACAUCUUCGCUCUUCUGCAACGCAGCGGCUUAUGCUCAGUCAAGCUGAGAUACUGUGACAUUCCCGUAAACCUAUUGAGUGUGGUGCAAAAUCUCAAAAAACUCGACGUCGAUACGUAUGUGGGGCGUCCCGACUACGUGUCCUUGUCAGGAGAAAGAGAAAAGGUGUUUGUUGAAGAAGUUCGUCUCCGUGGCGGUCUCCCGUAUUGCCUCAUCGGUGCAGGGACGCCGUUUGACUGGUCCAGAUUGAGGGUGAUUGAGUAUGACGGAUAUCGGAAUAGGCCACAAGGGUUAUUUCAGUUGUGUUCCUCCUCUCUUCAAGUGUUAGACCUUGCGUUUUACGGUGAAGAUGAAUAUUUCAACCUCGGCGUUCUUACCGACCUCCGUCACCUCACAUUGUCUAUCAGUCUUUCCUAUACUGUUGAACAGACAGCGUAUACCAAUUUUGGAAUCUACUCCUCAAUCGCGCCGUUUCGUUGCGUUCCCUACAUAUUGGCGUCCUGCAACGGACACAACACUGUGGAGAAAAUUGUCCUUAUACUGAGCACGGUUGACCGUCAAGAUUUGAGAAAGUGUGACUGGCUCUCCGUGGAUAGUAUUUUCGAGAGGGAGGGGACAUGGACGUCGCUGAAGGAGGUACUGGUCGUGAAUUGUGAGGUCGAUGAAGACUGCACCUAUCGGAAAUUGCAACCCAACCAGUUGAAGUAUAUUGAAGCUAGUCCGACACCUUAUCUUCAGGCAAGGGAGGUGAUAAAGUGGCGUCACAUAAGCUUUGAAUUAUACCAUUCAAAUGGACGAUAA